UUCUUUUCCUUUUCUCCACCCCUAACCUCUACCCCCCGCUUGCCACUCUCUCUUCUCUGGUUACUUUCUCUUCAGAAAUAAGAAUCCAACGUCCUUUCCCUUUCAGUUCCUUUCCCUUUGCUCCACCUUAGAUUCAAUGCUCUAAUAUUAUUCCCUUCUAGUAUUACCAGCAAGGAAGCAUCACUAGCGUCACUUCCUCCCCCUAUUCUCCUCCUCACCCCCUCAAUUUUCUUCUUCAUUAUUUUAUUAUCUAAAGCUGUCUUCUGAGAAUGGAAAGGGAUGGGUCUUUCAGCAGCUUCAACUGGCAAUCAAACUCCCACAACUCUUCACUGCCGAUAGUAGAGAUGAAUGGCAGCAAUUCUGAUGGGAAUGCGAACAUGGGUGAUCAGUCCUCUGGCUUCCUCAACCUUAAUUGGGAUCAAUCCUCCACCGAACAGACCGCCAAUUUUGAAUCGGCUCUCAGCUCCCUUGUUUCCUCGCCCACCUCCUCCAACCCCAACCCAAAUCCCAUUCCCUCUCCAACCCCAGAUAGCGUCGUCAUCCGAGAGCUCAUCGGACGGCUAGGAAGCAUUUGCAGCAACAACAGGAACAACAACAAUAAUCGUGGUGAAGAACAGAGCACCAACACUUCAUGUUAUAGCACUCCUCUGAAUUCCCCUCCAAAGCUCAACCUCCUUUCAAUGAUGGAUCAUCCCCAACUCCAAUUGCCUCGGCCAAGUAAGACUAGUCACAAUCCCAUCGCUUUUAAUGCUGACCCUGGAUUCGCUGAUAGGGCGGCCAGAUUUUCCUGCUUCGGAGCUACCAGGAGCAAUUAUGCCCAAUUUGGGACCCAAGAGCCUGGGAAGCUGUCGAGGGAAUCGAGCAGCCAGUCUUUGAAUGGAAUGGCAACCUCAUACAACGGCAAGGAUGAUGGUGUUGGAGGAGGUCAAUUGGAGAAUGACGUGAUGUUGAUGAUGAUGAUGAGGUCUGGCUCUGGCAACAAUAAUUCCCAACAAGAGUCAUCGCCACCCAGCGGGAGUGUGGCCAUUGUCAAGAAAAGAAAAUCAUCAACGGCUUCGUCCAACAAGGGAAGCAACAGCGGCGGCAGCAGAGCCAAAGAAGCUUCUCACCCUAAUUCUUCCAAGGGUGCUGAGGACAAUUCAAAUUCAAAGAGAAGCAGAUCAUUAUCGGUGGCAGUAGAGGCAAGGGCCAAUAAUAGGGAUGAUGAUGCCCAGAAGACACAGAAGGCAAUUAACAGUACUGAAUCUGCCCAAAAGCAAGAAAAGGAUGACAAGGACAAAGACAGGGAUAAAGAGAAUAACAAUGAGAAGCUCCAAGAGCCUCCCAAGCAAGAUUACAUCCAUGUCAGGGCAAGAAGAGGGCAAGCUACUGAUAGCCACAGCCUCGCUGAAAGGGUUCGAAGAGAAAAGAUUAGCGAGAGGAUGAAGUUUCUUCAAGACCUGGUUCCAGGUUGCAAUAAGGUAAUUGGGAAAGCUGUGAUGCUUGACGAAAUCAUAAACUAUGUCCAGUCAUUGCAGCGACAAGUCGAGUUCCUCUCUAUGAAACUGGCAACAGUGAAUCCCCGACUAGACUUCAGCAUGGACAGGCUCCUCCAUAAAGACAUGAAUCAGUCAUCCUAUCCAUUAGAGGUUGCAAGCACUGGGUUCUCUUAUGCAAACCAUACCAAGGGGCAGGAACAUGCUCCUCCUCUUCAGAGCACUUGCUUCAUGGCAAGCAAUGGCCUUGAGACUCAAUGCUCUGUGAACAAUUCUUUAGAUUCCAACAGUCUCCUCAGCCGAUGCCUCAGCAUGCACUUGCCUCCUCUAGACAGUUUCACAGAUGCUGUUCCUGCCUCUCAGCUUGGAGCUUUUUGGGAAGAUGACCUUCAGAGUGUUGUUCAAAUGGGACUUGGGCAGAUCCAGGAAGCUACAUUCUCUUCCCAUAGUUUCCAAGGUCCGCUACUCCACAAGCCACAUGAAAAUUGAACUCUGAUCAAACAUGAUUGUUAUAUCCUUCCUUCUAGAGUUUGUGUAACAAGCCUAUGUACAUAUGCCAGAGGCAUCGAUUGUGAUUGUUGAGGAGAAAUGAGCUCAAGGAAGCUAAGUUUUUAAACUAACUGCCUUAACUGGUGCAGAAAAUUUUAUUAAGACGUUAGUAACAGAACAUUUUAUGUGAGGGCCAAGCAAUGCUUGUGUUUGGUACCAUGGUCAUGAUGUUCUUUUGUAUAAUGACAAAUAUUUAUUGAUUAUCCAUUAAUGAUC